AUGGCCAAGGAGGAAGAGAAGAAGUGGGAUGAGGCGAUGGGAGAGGAGGGGAUAUUGCGUAUGCUUCGGAUUGGAAGCUUGUGGACGAGACCAGAUAUGUAUAAAACACUGUACCUUACUCUGAUAAGCUCGCUAUUGUGCUCGGCAUCUAGAGCGUUGACUCGACGAUCGGGGCUUGCUACAUCAUCAUACCGCCGCUCGAGGGUAUUCGGUUUUUGA